GGUCCGUUUCAAACUCAGACCGCGGCUAGGUUGUGUUGUUGUCUUUAGCUAGCUAGCACAGCUAAUGUCCCAUAAAUAACUGACAGGAUGAUGGACUCAUGUCUGAACCACCAGGCUGACAGACCAGAACAGGUAGAGGUCGACGAUUUGAAGAAAGAUCUCUCAUCUGAUUUUAGCACCUUACCAGACCCGCAGAAUUCCAGCAUUGAGGAGAGAGAGCACCUUCAGGUUUACCUCCGUGUCCGACCCUUCAGCUCAGCAGAGAGCAAUAUUGGAGAAUCACAGGACUGUGUUACCAUCGAGCCCCCUGAUACGGUUCUGCUGAAGCCUCCCAGUUUGUCCCUCUCAGCGAGGCUUAGCGCUGACAAAUCACUUCCACAGACUGGACAGCGCUUCCAGUUCUCUAAGGUGUAUGGUCCUGAGACAAUGCAGAGAGAGCUCUUUGAAGGCACAGUAAAGGAUUUGGUGAAAGAUGUUCUCGAAGGGGGGAACUCGCUUGUUUUCACUUAUGGAGUUUCCAACGCUGGGAAGACCUUCACAUUCUUAGGUCCAGAUGCUGAUGCUGGUAUCCUGCCCAGGUCUCUCAAUGUCCUUUUCAGCAGUAUUGAGGACCAGGUUUUCACUGGGAUGAACAUCAAACCUCAACGCUGCCGAGAGUUUACGAGGCUCACCAGGGAGCAGCAGGCUGAGGAAGUGACGUUCAAGAGAAACUUCUUCAGUCAGUUUAAAGAGAAUGAGAAGAUCAAUGCCAGCCUGUUGAACUCGACCAACAAGACUCUCCUUGAAGGCUCCUCCAUGCUGGGCACGACUGUAGGAGCGGAGGACAAAAUCAGCCUGGCAGUGGAAGCCCACGCUAAAUUCUCUGUUUGGGUUUCGUUCUGUGAAAUCUACAAUGAGAACAUCCACGACCUCCUUGACGUGGCACCCAUCGGGGCCCCGAGGAGGACCGCACUGCGCCUGUCACAGGACGUCAAAGGCAACCCCUUUGUCAAAGAUUUGCGAUGGAUUCAGGUAAAUAGUGCAGAAGAGGCUUACAAGGUGAUGAAGCUGGGCAAGAAGAACCAGAGCUUCUCCUCCACCCGACUCAACCUGGUCUCCAGUAGGAGUCACAGUAUUUUCUCCAUUCGCAUAUUGAGGAUUGACGACAUCGGGAGUCCGAGGGUCCACGCAGUCAGCGAGUUGUGUUUGUGUGACUUGGCUGGCUCGGAGCGAUGCGCCAAGACCCAGAAUAAAGGAGAGCGCCUCAAAGAAGCCGGAAACAUCAACACCUCACUGCUCAUCCUGGGGAAAUGCAUCAACGCACUACGACACAAUCAGCAGUCCAAGCUGCUUCAGCAUGUUCCCUUCAGGGAAAGCAAGCUGACCCACUACCUGCAGAGCUUCUUCCGUGGUCGAGGUAAAGCCUGUAUGAUCGUCAAUAUCAACCAGUGCGCCUCCAUGUACGACGAGACUCUCAACGUCCUCAAAUUCUCUGCUGUGGCACAGAAGGUUGUUGUUCUGUCCACCAGGCCCCCUCCCAUCAUCAUGCCCCAGAGGUCCGCCGGUGAGAUAUCCUUCAUCAUCAACAAUGCUGAGAGAAAGGCUCUGCGGAGCAGCGGGAGGAGCUCCAUGAUUGGCUGGGAUACGAGCCUGGAAGAUGUACAGGAGGAUGAGGAUGAUGAGUAUGAUGAAGACCAGAGCCUGAUGGAGGGCACAAUGGAUCAGACGGGCAAUGAAGAAGACGCCUGUGAAAGUGAUGAAAAGAUUCUCAUCGGUGAAAGGUUUCACCAGAGGCAGUUGGCCCUGUUGAAACAGCUGCAGGUACAGCUGAAGAAGGAGCGAGCCGAGAGCCUGCUCAUGGAGGCCCGACUCAGAGAGGAAAUCAGCAGAGAGUUCUCAGAGAUCUUCUCCGAGAUGCAGAGUGACUAUAAUGACCGCCUGGCGAGGGAGAGCGAAAUCUUAGAGGAGCGAGCAGAAAGGAGGUUGGAGAUCUUCAAGAGCCUCAUCGGCAAAAUGGGCAGCGCUGGACCCAGUCAAGACCCACAAUCCAUGGAAACAUCUCUAGCUGAGGCUGCUCAUACAUGUCUGGGUUCAGUCCGAGCAGGGGCUCAGGAAAACAGGGGAGACGCUGGAGAGGAGCUGGAGAGGAAGGUGUUGGAACAGAGUGAGCACCAGCUGACAGUCCAAGGGCAGAUGCCUCACAAACACAAUGGUGAAGCCAGUGGAUUAGAAGAUGAAGAGAAAAGGAGGCUUCACUUUCAUCUCCAGGAGAAGUCGUCACAGAUUGCCCAACUAGAGAAACGAGUGAGAGACCUGCAGAAGGUGGCAGAGCUCGGCUCACAGAGCUGCUCCUUGGUGCUCGAGGAGGGGAGUUCACGUGAGAGAGAGCAGCUGCAGGAGGCGUUGGCUGCCCUUGAGAAGGAAAAGAGGGGCAGUGAAGACACCCUCGCUGCUUUGGAGUACCAGACUAUGGGAAGAGAGGAGGCACUGGCAUCCUUGGAGAAAGAAAGUAAAGCAAAGAAGGAGGCCCUUGCCACACUCAGUGAGCUGAAGCGAAGCAAAGAGGAGGUCUUAGCAUCCCUCAAAGAAGAGAGAGAAAGCAACAAGAAAGCCAUGGCAGCCCUUGAAGCUGAAAGGAGAGCCAAGGAGGAUGCCAUGGCAGCCCACUCAGAAGAGAAGCAAGGCAAAAUGGACAUAGCUGCUGCUCUUGGUCAGGAGAGGAGCAGCAAAGAGGAGGCUCAGUCUGUUCUGGAGGUGGAGAGGAAGGAAAACAACAGGCUGGUUGAGGAGAGAGAAAAGAGGCAACAGGAGAGUGAAGCACUUCGACAAGAAGUCAGAGAGCUGACUGCCAGACUGGAAGCCUCAGAGCGCCAGGUGACCAGCAAGACGAAGCGAGCUGAACAAGUGUUAGUCCAGCUACAAACUGCUCAGACGCAUCUGGACAAACACUCCCAGGAGAUCCUGGAGAAAACUUCCCAGAUCAACACCCUGACGCAGGAGGUUCAAAGCCUGAAACAGGACUUGCAGACUUCAGCAACAUCAUCUGAGGAGGUCGAUGAUCAGCUGAGAGCGGAAGUGUUGGAGCUGAGGAAGAAUCUGGCUGAGGAAAAGGAGAAAAAUCAGAGCAAGGACAAACAAAUGCUGGAGCUGGAGGAACAGCUGCGACAGACGAAAGAACAGUUGGCCCACAAACAGCAGAUCUCUGACCAGCAGCUGCAACAGGUUACAGAGGAGCAGAAUCAACUGGAAGCUGCUUCAAAACAGCAGGUUGAAGAACUAAGAAAGAAGCUUCAGGAGCAAGAAGAGAUAUCGCAGCAAACACUGGAUGAACUCCGGUCCAAGCUCGAGUGCCAAGAAAGUGCUUCCAAAGAAGAAGUAAAACAGCUGAGAGCAAAACUUGAAGAACCAACUCAGGCCUCGGAGAAGCUGGCAGAGGAGCUGAACGAGAAGCUGCGGGAACAAGAAGUGACAUCACAACAGCAGUUGGAGGAGUUAAAGCACAGACUUGGUGAACAAAAAGAAACCUCCGGCAAGCUUGUGGAUGAUCUCAGGCUGAAGCUCAGUGAGCAGGAGCAAACUGCAGAGCUGCUCAAGGUCGAAUUAGAAGAAGCUAAGUUAAAAGGUUCAAACAAUUCUUCUAGCUCUGCUGCUGAAGAGGAUUUCAAGAGGUUGAACUCUGAUCUCCAGACUGAGAUUUCAUCCCUGAAUUCAAAGGUUAUCAAAAUGGAGGAAACUCGCAGCAAAACUGAAGCGCCGCUAGCCUCUUCGGAAUCUGAAAGAAUGCUAAAAGAAAACAACAAACAGAUGGAAGAGAAGCUGGCAGAGGCAGAGAAAGUGUCUGCAGAGCUGCAGAACAAGCUGCUGGAAAAAGAAGCACGGGUAACAACCCUGCAGAAGAGCCUGAAGGAAGCACAGGAGCAGCGGGAGGAGCAGGAGAACCAGGCAGUCCAGGAGGCUCGGCGCAGGGAGGUGGAAAGGCGCAGGGAGCUGCUGGCUGUGGCGCACGAGGCCAUCGCUCAGAAGGACGAAGAGCUGGAGAAGAAAGCCGAGGAGAUCAAAAGACUAAAAGAAAACGCCAAGCAGGACUCGGACAAAGUCAAGAGCCUCAGCCUCGACCUUCAGAGGAAGGAGGACGACACUUCGGACCUCCGAGAGAAACUAGCCGACUACAAGAAGCAGAUGCAGCAGGUCCAGAAGGAGAUCUCUGCCAUGAGAGAAGAGGAAAAGCUUUUAAAGCAAAAGCUGGCCGACAUGGAGAAAGCCAAGAAGCAGCUCCAGUGUGACGUUGCCUCCAGAGACCGAACCAUUCAGCAACUCAAAGUGGAGCAAUCAUCUGAGACCAAGUCCGACCAGACGCUCUACCAGAAGGCCUGUAAAGAGCUUGAAGCCAAGGAGCGUGUGAUGGAGGACAUGCGUUUAGCUCUGACGGAGCAGGAGGAGACGCAGGACCAGAUGGAGCAGGUCUUGGAGGAGAAACUUAAUACCAUCCAGGAAAUCUCUAGUGAGGUGGAGAAAUUGAAAGCGAUGUUGUUGCAGCAGGACCGUCGUGGAAAAGACACACACAAUCAAGUUGACGGCCAAUCAGAUGACAUCAAACUGGCCAAACAGGAAACAGCCCAAGCUCAGGAAAGCUUGAAGCUGUGUGCAGAGAAACACCAAACCGAACGGAAAAAGUGGCUGGAGGAGAAGCUGUCCCUGAUUGGCCAAGCUAAAGAGGCCGAGGACAAAAGGAACCGGGAAAUGAGGAAGUUUGCCGAUGACAGAGAACGCUACACUCGACAGCAGAGCCAGUUGGAGUCCUUGUCAUCCCAGCUGGCUGAGAAGGAGCAGAUCAUGGAGAAGUGGAGGAAGGAGAGAGACACUCUGGUAGCAGCUUUGGAGGUCCAGCUACAGAAGCUUCUCUCCAGCCAAGCAGAGAAAGACAAACUCAUCCAACAGCUACAACAAAAAAACACACAGCCACCACAAGAGAGCGGUGAUGAUGGCGUCUGCGUGGCAGAGCUGCAGGCUGCUCUGUCUGAAAGGGAGGCUGAGAUCUUACAACUGAAACAAGAGCUCAAGGCCAUAAAGGAGGAUACAGUCACACAGAUUAAAAGCAAUGAGAGCCCUGCUACAUUGGUUGGAAAACCCCAGUGUGAAACCAUUAACAGGAAAUCAGGAGGAAGGAGGGACACCAGAGCGUCAGUCAGCAGUCAGGGCUCAGCUGGCUUUCCGUCAGUGCUAGACUCCUCUGAGAUUUCCACAGAGAACGGCAGGAUGAGCCGCUUCCCCCGGCCCGAGCUGGAGAUCUCCUUCAGCCCUCUGCAGCCAAACCGCAUGGCUUUGCGACGCCAGGGAGAGGAGAACUCUGUCACCGUCAAAAUUACACGCUCAGCACGCAAGAGGAAGAGCGGAGAGAUGGAGAAGUCUCACAUUUUCAGGAGGAGUAAACGACGAACAAAACCUGAGGAAGAGGUGGAGGCAGAGAACAGAAGGAACACGCGGACCAAACUAACACCAAAGCUGACCCCACACCAAGAGGAGGUCUCUUCUGCAGCAGGUCGCCAUGACUCCCAGAGCAGCCCCCGCAGCAGAAAGGAAGGAACCCUGCAGAGGAUCGGAGACUUCCUACAGAGCUCCCCCACGCUGCUCGGCACUAAAGCCAAGAAGAUGAUGAGUCUGGUGAGCGGUCGGGGUGAGGUGGACUCAGCAGCCUCCUCUUCCUCCCUCAGUCUGAGAGCAAAGAAGAACAAAAGGAAACUCUACAGGCCUGAAAUCUCCUCCCCCAUGGACAUGCCCUCACACCCAAUAAUCAGCAGAGAGCCGGAGCAGAAAGAGAGUGACCAUCAGAUCAUUAAGAGGCGUCUACGCUCCAGGAUGGUUAAAUAACUAACCUACUUAUGAUACUGUCUACCAUCCUGUUUUUGGUGAACACUUUCUUAAGGAAAUGAAGGAGGCAAUUAGCCGCUUGUAAACCUUUUUGUGUGUCAUGAUGGCUGAAAAAUCCCCAAAACUUAAUAUAGAACUAAGUUGUCUUAUUUAAUCUAAAUAGUCUAUUUUAUGAGUAAAAUACUUUAAUUUCGGAAUAUAGCAAAGUCACUAAUAUACAGCUGGUUAUAUAUAAAUAUUUUGGAAAAGUACAGUUAGAGUGUAUAUGUGGGCUCAGUGUGGAGGUAGAUCCAGGAGGCAUUUAGCUGAGUUCAGCAUGAAAACUGGGAGCAGCUAGCUAAAGAGCCACCUCCCAAACACUUAUAAAUAUUUUUCUUUGCUUAAUCUAUCUACUAACAAAAAUGGAACAACAGUUGGUGGUUUUAGUGGGAAGUACAUGCUGAAACUAUUUCAUGCAACAGUUUAUCCAUCCGCUAUGUAUGCAGUAUGCAGUAUGUGAUCAAGGCUAGCAGUUUCCCCUUGCUUCCAGUCUUAAUGCACCAACAUAUGUGGUAUCGAUCUUCUCAUCAAAUUCCCCCCAACAUUUUGAACUAUUCCUUUACAAUACUGCUAAAUAAUUUAAUCAACUUUUGGCUGGUAGAAAAGUAGCAGCCUUUUUUUUUUUUUUUUUUAGAGAGAGAUUAUCUUGACUCCAGAGUCACAGCAUAUACUCCAUUAGUUAGUAAGAACUCUACAUUUUGUAUAUCUUCUACACUUAAUAGACAAAAUCUGAAGAUUUUUUUUCUUUAUUCUGAUGUGCAAUUUUUUGUGUUUGUUUAUUUGAUGUGUGUAAGCUACAACAGUUACAAUUUAGUGUCAUUUUUCAAACCAGUCUAAUGUUAUACUUUUUUUAAACUUAUUUUGAACCGACAACUUCCUGAUUUAUUUUCUGAAAGUGAUCGACCAGCUGAAAAAGUCUAACAUUGUUCUAAGCAACUUUUUAGUUUUCAUUUUGCUAUUGGUUCAGAUGUUCAAUUAUCUAAUGUCAAAGUUGACCUUGUGUUCAGUUGUAAAACAUCCACCUCUCACUAAAGUCCUACUGCACUUUAUCUCUUUCUUUUGUACAGGAAAAUCUAGUUAAAGCUGUUUGAGUUUUUAAAAAAGUUUGUUUAUUACAUUCCUGAUCUUCUUAAAUUGUGCACUUUCCUGUAUUUUCACUUAUUUUUUGAAAAAUACACUACAUACUUUUGUCAUUCCAUCAUGUUUUUCUCCAUUUGUAUACUUUUGUUCGAUAGGUCUUAACGGUCAUUAAAAAUAAAAAUA